AUGGGUUGUGGCAGCAGUGCAACAGCUGCCGGCGGAACAGAGAGGAAAGACGUUGGCCCCAACAACGACCACGAUGUGGCCGACAAACAUUCGGCCCCCAGCGGCCCUGAUCUUCAGGGAGCAGCGGCGUCCAAGUCUGAAAAUGCCGAGGAGCCUUCGGUUGAACCUAUAGGUGUCAUCGAAGCCCCCGGCCACGAGGGCAAGGAUGUGCUGGCCACCAACGUCUCGGAGCCCACCGGCGAGGAUGAGAGGUCCACGGUCGGCGCGGAGAAGCUGCAGGAGGCAUGA